UGAAAUGCCAAAUUAUACAUUGGAGAUCAAGGCAUAAAUAUGAAUGCUAUGAAUCAAAGAUUGCAGCAGAUAAAGCAAAAGCAACUGAUAAUGAAAGAACCUCAAAGGUUGUUGAGAAUUCUGAAAUGGAGAGUGCCUCUAAUGCUUCCACUGUUGAAGAUGGAGUUCUGUGGAGUCCAGAAUCAGAUAUGACAGUGAAAGCUUCCAAUGGUAACCAUGUUAACAAUUUGAAUGGCUGUAAACUAUGUGCUAAGCCAAGUACCACAAGAUGUUCACGAUGCAAAGCUGUGCAAUACUGCUCAGUGAAGUGCUUGAUCAUGGACUGGAAAUGGCAUAAAGUGGACUGCAAUGCAAGGGUGGAUUCAGCUCCAACAGAAAGACCCCACUUAGAUGUUGGAAUGCUCCAGAAUUCAUAUGAAGAGGAAGAUAAUAUUCAAUCAUUGGGUACCCUUUCUUUGGAGUGUCAUCCAGCAGGAAGCACAAGUUUCAAGUCUCCAACUGAAGUAUCAGAGGUACCAUUGACACAAUUUUGGAAAAAUAACAAUAUAAACUCUUACUCUCUUUCUGUCACACUUUCUCCUAUAAGGUGAGAUUAAUGCCAAGUGCCAAUAAAUAUGUAACUCUAAUUCUGCAU